AGUCAAGGAAAAAUAUAAAAUUAAAAGAAAAAGAGAAAGUGCUAGCGUGAGUGAGUGGAAGCCUGGAAGAAGUCGUGUUCAUGGAUGGAGUGUACAGAAUUUGGUGAAAGGGAAACUAGAGAUUGGGAAAUAUGGAAAUGGGGUAUACUGAUUUGGUCUCAUAUUUAUCUGAUUCUUCAAAAGGAUUCAGCUCCGGCCAUAGCCGAACCACCUUUCAAUGGGGUGGAACCCUCUGUGCCUUAUUAUUGUUGAUCUUAAAUCGAACAAGGGAGCGCAGAUCAUCUUUACAAACUACUCUUAUAGUGUUUUAUCUCUUGACAAGUUUGCCAAACGGGCUCUUCAAUAUUUUUAGAGGAGGAUUUGGUUACUGGGUUUCCUUUCUUGCUAUUGCAGCUCACCUCUUCUUCCCAACGAUAAUUCCAGUUUCCCGUUUCAUUCUCUUUGUCAUAACACCUGAUUAUGUAGCCAAGGGACUGCGCGAAACCUCUGCUGGGAGCAUAUUUUGUCUCAUCAUCGGUAUCUUACUUGUUCUAACAACAUUCAAGGGUGGUAGAGAACUUGAUUUCUGUGAAAACCGCUGUCAUUGCUUUUGUUAUGUUUGUUGUUUGGCAUUGCUCCUUUUGUUUACCAUACUUCUAUGGAAUUAGAAUAAAGGAGUUUCACUGGAUUAUGCUCAUGUACAUUCCUUUUUCCAGCUUUUUUCAUUCUUGCUUGUGCUGAAAACUAUGUUGAGAAUAAACUUUCUCAACCAGUUGAUUUCCUUUUGAUGAGAUUGAGAAAUGUAGUCUUUAUUGUCUCAAAAGCAGUUGUGCUCGCCAGUCUA